AUGGGCUGUGGAAAUACGAAAACUGCUUUUGAUAACGAGAAGAAUGCUGUUGAAAGUUGGCGACAAAAACGUGAACAAAAACGAACUAAAAAUGUCAACAAUGCCGAUGAUAGUCGGCCAUUAUCACCAAUAAAGAUUGAACUCAUUCAAAAACCUGCAGAACCGAAAAAAGUGAACGAUGAAAGUGUUUCGAAACCUUUACGCACGGUCCCGUCACCGCCCAUUGAAAAACCCAAAUCCAAAAGCCCAUCACCAAUGCGAAAUAAAGGUGCAUCGAAAAUUCAUGAAAUAUCCAUUGAAAGACCCCUUAACCUUCGUGGUUUCGGUUUUAAACUCGAUGGUAGUCGAACACAGAGUCGACCGACUUAUGUUUCAACAAUUGAAGAAGGUAGUCCAGCCGAUAAAGCUGGCCUAUGCAUUGACGAUGAAAUUCUAUCGAUCAAUGAUGAAAACAUUGAAAAUCUCACAUUCGAUCAAGUACGAAAAAUCCUCAAAGAACGAAAUAUACGUGGAAGUAUCAAACUAAUUGUCCGAACUUAUGAAGAUCUGAUUGAUGAUAAUUCUCAAACUGUUUCGACGGGAUUUACGACUGAUCAUAGCCGAACACCAUCACCGCAAAAGUCGACAUUGACAACAGCAAUUUCGCCACCUAUUUACACUUCAGUAAAUAAAACAAGUCCAAAUCCAUCACCAACGGCAAAACCUCUCUCGCCCGUGUACACAUUUCUUCGUUACGAACCGUCCUCAACUGAACCGAAACAUAUUCCUACGUCUGUCCAACCGCCUGUUUCGUCAACAGCAUCGUUGAAUAUAUUCGCACCGAAACCAUUUCGUUCAACUGCUUCAAUUAAUUUUGAUACUCCAUCGAAUCAAGAAUCGAACUCAACAUUCUCUCGAGAUGAAUUACUUACUCUCGUGAAUAUAAACUAUAUAUCACCAAUUGAAGCAUUUCGACGAAUGCUUGAUUCAACAAACGCAACUAAACAUACAGAGAAUGAGAAUAUUUGUGGUAAAGAACUUGAAGAUCUCGAGGUCGAACUCGAAAAACAACUGAGAGAAUCCGAUGAGAGAAGAAAACGUGAGACAACAACUACGAAUGAAAAACAAUCUACAAAAUGUCCACCACCACGAGUUCUAAUCGAUGCUUCUGAAAUAGCCAUGGAACGUCCGCCACCACUUCAACCGAUAUCGGCUCUCAACAUAGUAUUACAAGGAAACACAAAUACAGAUAGUAAUAUGAGAUCAUCGUCACAACUUCAACAACAGUAUAAGGAUCCCGAUAUAACUCAAGUACGUUCGUACGUUGAGAAGCAAAUGGAUCAACUUCAACAAGAUUUGGAAUUUGGCUUUUCACGCACACCGAAAACCACGCCUGCGUCGGCAACUUCUCUUCCAGACCAACAACAACAACAACAACAACCGGUGAAAAUUCCCAUUGAUCUGACACAUGCUGCAAUCUCACCGCCACCGCAAGCAUAUUCAUCUCAACCUGAAUUUCUUCGUUCAUCAUUGAAAAAAUCUCUCUCUACUCAAGGUGACCUUGAUCAAGUUCCACCUAAUCGUACAUAUGGUCUGAAAAUAAAUCCUAAAGAACAAGUCCUUCAUUACCUCGAUCCGUAUUCACAACAGAAAUCAUCAAUUAACUAUUCAAAACGUUCAAUACCCGAUCUGCCAUCAAUGACAACAGUUAACCGACCUUCAACGGCACAUUCAAUCGAACGUACUGUCAAUGAAUUGCGCAUUGAUUUACCAGGACCAUAUUCCUCUCAGCCACAAUCUAUCAAUCAACAACAGAAGAAAGUCACUAUUCAGCUAGGUGACAACGGAUCUUCACAAAGAAUGUCUAGUAAGCAACUCCACACAACACUGAAUCAAGUACCGCGCAAGACUCAAGUUGAAGAUCAUUCAUGGAUCAAUCACGAUCAACGAAAAGCUAUACAUAAGAAAAGUCAUAGUCACCGUUCGACACCGACCAAUUUACAUCAUCAAGAGUUACACAUGGGCCGACCAUCGACAGCUCGAUAUCCUGAUCCACACACAAGAAAUGGACAAGCAAGACAUUUUGAUCAAUCCCCCCAUAGACAAGGCCGAACAAAAUCACCCGGUCACACAACGAAUCCUGAACGUAUUCUAUCCGUUAGUGGAAAAUUACAUUGUUCAAGAUGUAAUGAAGAAUUGGGACAUGGUUCAGCAAUGGUGAUCGAAUCUCUUGGAUUGUAUUAUCAUCUGGAAUGUUUUCAUUGCUACGUUUGUAACGUUCCACUUUCCUCAUCGCCCGGAGGAGUCGAUGUUCGUGUACGCAGUAAUCGACUACAUUGUCAAAAUUGUUUUUCCGAUGAAAAUGGAGCUUGGUUAUCAGACGUAAGAAGCAAAGAAUCAGAUGAAUUUGUUUUUGUUGUUUCGUCUUGCUGCCAAAAUUCUUUGAUGCUUCGUACUUAA